AUGGCAUUACAGCGGCGGACCAAUCUCCAAAGGGUCGAGUCCGGGUUCUAUCAGCCGUACCAAGAGCUAAGCAAGCCAAGAGGAGGACCAGACCAAGCAAGCCCACUCGGGGCAGUAGCAGACUCAAUAGGCGAUCGCUUAGUUCUUUCUAUUAGAGGCGAGAGCAUCUUACUCUCUUUCUUUCUACUGAUUGAUCGAAAGGCAAGUGUUCAGGGACUUAGGGCUCAGAUAAGAGACCCAGGGAUCAAAGACGAGAUCUAUCCUAAAGAGAAAGAAGAAGAAAAGAGGACUCUCGAAGCCAAGUAG